AUGGUUACAAGUACUAACGUCCCAGUGUACACGCUGUCCAAAUUCGGCAAGCCGGUGAUCCUGAUUGGUGCUUACCGGUACAACCGCCACAGUCGUUGCAAAGGACCCAGGGCCCAGUGGCUUUGCUGCAAAUGGAGCGCUGGCUGCCGCGCCUCCGUCACCACCAUUGACAACUGUCUCUCGAGUUCGCCUGGUCAAAGUUCGGUAGACCCGUUAUUCAAUACGGUGGUCACAGAGCCCGUGUUCACGACCUCGCGGUACGGCAAGCCGGUGAUAAUGAUGGGCAACUUCCGGUACAACCGGUACUCUCACACGUGGAAAGACUCGAGGGCGGUGUGGCGCUGCGUGAAAUGGGCGAGUGCCGCCUGCCGCGCUUCCAUCAUCACCGUCGAGGGUGUGAUCCUGAUGAUGAAAAACGGCCACAAUCACAAA